CCGGUGUUUAGUCUGCAAACGGUUUCUCUGCUUGAUCGUAGGGGCGGGAGUCCUGGCCUUGCCGGGCCAGCUUGCUGCCCAGUCUGCCGGUUGUUUUCUGUUCCCGCACCACCGGGCGGGGUGUCUAGUGCCCGUGCUAAGGCAGUGACUAGCCGGGGCCUGCUCCGUGGCGAGCCCCGCUGACGCUGGGGCCACUCCGGGGAGGGGCGGGCUCCCCACUGGAGGCGAAGGUUCCGCGGGGCAGGGGCUCCCGGCGAGAGGAGAACGGCGCGCCGCGGCGCGGAGUAUGUAGCGGCGCCCCGCGGAGCAGCUGGCUGGCGUGACCGAUCCCCGCUCGCGUCCAAUCAGGCAGGCGUGGAGGCGGGCGGGGAAAGUUGCCCGCUGGAGGCUGGCAGCGGUCGGAGCGCGAGGGAGUUGCUGAGCCCAGCUCCGAAGCAGCAGCCCCGGGACCAGCCGCCGGAGAUCCCGGCCCGGGCGCCUUCCUGCCCCCGCUGGAGCGGCUGGAGGAGAUGCUGGGCUGUGCGGAGAUGCUGGCAAUGUGCCUGCUGGCUGCCAAGCCCGCCCCGAGCCCCUGCGCCGGGCAGCCCCCGCAGCCCCGCGGCCAGGGGCUCGCCCUCUUCCACGAUGUUUUUCGACGAGCCGACAAGAACGACGAUGGCAAGCUGUCAUUUGAAGAGUUUAAGAACUAUUUUGCUGAUGGUAUUUUAAGCUCAGAGGAGCUGUGGGAGCUGUUCAGUGGAAUUGACAGGCAUCAUUCAGACAACUUAGAGACGGAGAAGUUGUGUGAUUAUUUCUCAGAACACCUGGGAGAAUACAGACAUGUGCUUUCUGCUCUAGAAGCACUGAACACUGCUGUCCUGGCUGCCAUGGACAAAACCAAACUGGAGUAUGAGAGUUCCUCCAAGAUGGAGCAGUUUGUGACCCGCUUCCUGCUACGGGAGACCAGGACCCAGCUGCAGACCCUGCAGGCCUCGCUGGAGUGCGCCUCAGACACGAUCGAAGAGCAGGCCGGGUGGGAGAGGAAAGACUUGAAGAAAUCUGAAGUCUUCAUUGGCCUGAGAUCUGGCAGGAGAUGUGGGCGCAGAGCUCAGAAGACCGUCUGCUUGUCUCCAACGGAUCCCUACUCCGGGAUGCUUACUACAGGGGCUUGUGUCGAAGCUGACAGCCAGUGGGCGGCUCAGAUUAACAGGCUACAGCAGCUCAUUGACAAACUGGAAUGCAAGAGCCCAAGGCUGGAGCCUCUAAAAGAAGAAGUUGUUUGCAAAGGGAGAAACGCUCACAUCCUGGUGGCUCAGAGACAGCUGUCAGUGACAGAGAGCGGCUUAGAGGGAUUCCACCAGGCACUCCAAUCCUACACAGAGGUCACAGCUGGUCAGAGCCGCUGCUUACACAUGUCUUCCCGCAAGCUGACGAGCGAGGCCUGCUUCAUUCUCUAUGAGUUCUGGCAGGACGUGACUUCGUGGAGAAGUCACUUGCAGUCCAACUGCAGCAAGAAGUUCCAGUGGGCCAUCAUUGACUUGCUGGAGUCUCCAGAGCUCGUGACCACCAUGCUCUUCCCAGCCUCCUGGUGGAUUGUGAACAAUAAUUGAUCCUCUGCUGCCCGCUCCGAAAAGCAGCCGGCGCACGGACGGACGAGGAAUCCUCACUCUCAGAUCCCUGGCUCUCCCUCCCCAGUGUGUCUGCAGCCUCCCC